CAAAAUAUAUUCUCACCCAUAAUAGCUAUAUACAUAUAUAUAUAUAUACCUCUAGUUCUUAAACCAUCAUCUCAAAUCCUAGCCCCAUACUUCACAAUUUCAUCAAAAAGAAAUUAGCAAAAACUAUGUUUCAUUCAGGCUCUUCCAUUUUCAUUCUAUUACUUGCCUUUCUUCUCUCACUUUCACUUUCAAGCUCAGCUUCAUUGGAGCAAAGUUUUCUACAAUGUGUGUCUGUUAGUUCUCAACAAUCUGUCCCUCCCUUCUCUGUUUGUGCUCAAAACAAUGCUUCAUUCUUCCCUCUCCUUCAGGCAACUGCACAAAACCUCAGAUACUUGGAUCCUUCAGUUCCAAAGCCUGAAUUCAUCUUCACUCCAUUGUAUGACACUCAUGUCCAAGCAGCUGUAAUUUGCUCGAAGAAGCUCCGAAUACAUCUCCGAGUGCGUAGCGGUGGCCACGACUACGAGGGUCUUUCUUAUGCUUCUGAAAUCGAAACUCCUUUCAUCGUUGUAGACCUAGCGAAACUCCGGUCAGUCGAAGUGAAUAUCCAAGAUAACACUGCAUGGGUUCAGGCUGGUGCAACGGUUGGUGAAGUUUACUAUAGAAUCUCAGAGAAAAGCAAUGUCCAUGGCUUCCCUGCUGGCCUUUGCACUAGCUUAGGUAUUGGUGGCCACAUAACAGGCGGUGCAUACGGCUCCAUGAUGAGAAAAUAUGGCCUUGGUGCUGAUAAUGUCAUCGACGCUCGAAUCGUUGAUGUUAACGGUAGAAUCCUCGAUAGAUCGGGGAUGGGAGAGGACUAUUUUUGGGCCAUUAGAGGAGGUGCUGGAGGCAGCUUUGGGAUUAUUCUAUGGUGGAAAUUGCAGUUGGUUCCUGUUCCAGAAACGGUGACAGUUUUCACUGUUCCAAAGACAUUAGAGCAAGGUGCCACUCAAAUCCUGUACAAAUGGCAGCAAGUUGCUGACAAAUUGGAUGAAGACUUGUUCAUUAGAGUCCUAAUACAAGUAACCAAUGAUAAAGCCACAAAAGAAAGAACUAUUACUACUGCUUACAAUGCUCUCUUUCUUGGAGAUUCCAACAGACUCCUACAAAUUAUGGGAAAAAGCUUCCCUGAAUUGGGUUUGACACCAAAAGAUUGUAUUGAAACCAGCUGGAUAAAAUCAGUUCUUUAUAUAGCUGGAGAAGCACCUAAAACACCUCCUGAAGUUCUUCUACAAGGAAAGCCACAAUUCAGGAACUACUUCAAAGCUAAAUCAGACUUUGUUCAAGUCCCAAUCCCAGAAACUGGACUGGAAGGUCUAUGGAAAAGGUUGCUGCAAGAAGACCACCCACUAAUGAUCUGGAACCCUUAUGGAGGAAUGAUGAGCAAGAUCUCAGAGAAUGAAAUCCCAUUCCCACAUAGAAAAGGAAACUUGUUCAAAAUUCAGUAUGUAAACUCAUGGCAGGAUGGACAUAAAGAUGAAGAAAAACACAUGGAGUGGAUUAGAGAACUUUACAAUUACAUGGCUCCAUAUGUUUCCAAGUCUCCAAGAGCUGCAUAUGUAAACUACAGAGAUCUUGAUUUGGGCAUGAACAAGAAGGGCAAUACAAGCUUGGCUCAGGCCAGUGAAUGGGGCAAUAAAUAUUUCAAGGACAACUUCAAUAGGCUUGUGAAGGUAAAGACAAAAGUUGAUCCUGGUAACUUUUUCAGGCAUGAACAGAGCAUUCCUCCUUUGGCAAGCUAAAAAAAUCCAAUAGAAGUUAUAACCAUUAACUAAUUUUCCAUCAACAAUAAGCCUCCAGUUAUUGCAAUUAGCUUCCUUUUUAAUGGUAUCAGAGCUGUCUAAUAAUGUAGAAGUGAUGUGAGGUUGAGUAUUCACUUCCCUAGGAGAUUGAACAAUGGUUUUUCACUUUUAUUUUCAUGUCAAACUUAGGGUGAGAGUAAGUGUGUGAUUUGACUUACUGUGUUCGUCUUUUUUUCUCUUGUUAUGAAAUUAGUAAUUAAAGAAUAUAAAAAAAUGUAAAAGAUUUUCAAAUUUCUUUUUCUUAAUAAAAUUGGUAAUUAAAGAA